UUAUCCAAACUGGGCAGGCUUUUGCUCUCUUCACAAAUAGAACACGGCUCUCCAACUCAGGCAGUCCCAAUCUGACCUUCAAGCACACGGAAGGAACCCUGUAACGGGAGAUCGGUUAGGGACUGUCGAGAGAAAAAUACCCAAUCUAAACUUCUGCCAUUUUAACCGUUCAUCACCAUCAUCAUCAGUGCGUGUACUGGCACCCGCCGGAUCAGCUGGACUAUACUUUUUUCUUUUUUUGGUAACAAGACAUUCAGGGGAGAGGAAAAACCUUUAAUUCCUGCCUUGACUUCUCCCCGUUCCUCAUCUCUACACCGAGUUGUAUUCGUUUCCCCGUUUGCUUUGCACACUUGCAGAGGAGGUAAGCUGAGCUGAGUGUGCCUCUUGUGUGUGUAUGCCUGUCUCGCAGCAGAACCAGUCGGAUGCUCUGAGCCUACCGGACGCAGAGCUGUAUAUGGAAGUUGUAGGCUAUAAGGCAGAAGCGAGCUGUUGCACAUUGCGUCGUUCAAGAGCGGGAGCCAUGCUGUUCCACGGGAUCUCCGGUGACCACAUCCAGGGCAUCAUGGAGGAGAUGGAGAGGAGAUCCAAAACCGAUUCGCGCCUGGCCAAGGGCGUGCGGCUCAACGGAAGGGAAGCGACCAUGCCUUCCAUGGGCCCUGAGAAACCCGCGUUGUGUGCCGGCUGUGGAGGCAAAAUAUCGGAUAGAUAUUAUCUGCUCGCUGUGGACAAACAAUGGCACCUACGGUGCCUCAAAUGCUGUGAAUGUAAACAGCAUUUGGAGUCAGAGCUCACGUGUUUCGCCAAGGAUGGCAGCAUCUACUGCAAGGAGGAUUACUAUAGGUUCUCCGUGCAGAGGUGCGCUCGCUGCCACCUCGGGAUCUCAGCAUCUGAGAUGGUGAUGCGCGCGAGGGACUCCGUGUACCACCUGAGCUGCUUCACGUGCACCACGUGCAACAAGACCCUGACCACAGGCGAUCACUUCGGCAUGAAGGACAGCCUGGUGUACUGCCGGGUCCACUUCGAGACCAUAUCCCAGGGAGAGUACCCCCACCCUGGCCUCAACUAUGCCGAGAUGGCGGCUAAAGGUGGAGGUCUGGCGCUGCCAUACUUCAAUGGCACUGGAACGGCCCAGAAGGGAAGGCCUCGGAAGAGGAAGAGCCCCGCCAUGGGCAUAGACAUCACCAGCUACAACUCAGGUUGUAAUGAGAAUGAUGGGGAACACCUGGACCGUGACCAGGCCUACCCUCCAGCCCAGAAGAACAAGCGCAUGCGCACCUCCUUCAAGCACCACCAGCUCCGCACCAUGAAGUCCUACUUUGCUAUCAACCACAACCCCGACGCCAAGGACCUCAAACAGCUGGCCCAGAAGACAGGCCUCACCAAAAGAGUUCUCCAGGUAUGGUUCCAAAACGCAAGAGCCAAAUUCAGAAGGAACGUUUUGCGACAGGAGAAUGGUGUUGACAAGGCCGACGGCACGUCACUCCCUCCGCCCUCGUCCGACAGCUGCGCUCUGACGCCCCCCUCCAGCGCGGCCACACUAACAGACCUGACCAAUCCCUCUAUCGCUGUAGUGACCUCCGUCACGUCUAGUUUGGAUGAUUCGGGGAGCCCCUCACAGACUACCUUGACAAACCUUUUCUAGCAAGCUCUACGACUCCUAGCAAGAACAACGACAACAACAACAGCAACAUUUAAUCAGGAGGAGAUUAUUUUCAUGUGUAGCAUUUGCAACCGCUUGGCAGCUGAGUUUGUAGUCAACCUAUUUAGUGAUUGGUUUUGUGUCGAGGACGUUUUGAAUCUGGAAGGCAUUGACAAAUCAUUAUAGAGGGUUCAACAAUCUGGGUCAGAGCCCAAAUUAAAUUAUUUACAUGGUAAUAGUAUAUUAUUUUUGACUUUAUUUCAUUGAAUUUGUUCAUUUGAUUUGAUUUAGUCUAAAUUGAUCCCGCCUGAUAAUUGAUUUUAAAUCAUUAAUACUAUGUUAGUCCUAUUUAAGGCAUAUUUCGAUCUUAUUUAAAAAAAAAAAAAUACUAAAUAAAAUCUUUGAAAUAUGAAUUUUCAGAAUGUUGUUUAAAAGAUCAUUCAGAGUUAUCCUGGAUGUUAUUAUAGAGAUGAGUAAUUUCUCGUCUCUAAAUGACGUUGUAUACAUUACAACAAGCCAAACAUUACGACUCUAAUGCCAGGUGGCUGUAGUGACGGCAACAUGCAUUUUGUCUUAACAUGAUACGCCUCAACUGUGAUAGAAAAUAAUAAGAACAGAACAAAUCUCUAGAUCUGUACAGUGGUAACUGUCCAACAUGUAAUGCAGUCACGUUGAAAUUAGAAGGAGUUCAACUAUAUAAAUCAGUGAGUGAAAUUCUGAUUGGGACAGAGUUCUUGGGCACUGUUUGAAAUGAAUAUUUUCAUGAUACUUUUACUAAUCUGUUGGCCUCAUUUGACAUACCAAACACACAAAUGGAAAAACAAUAGUUUAUCUGGAUUCAGCGAGCCCGUAGAAUUACUGUUAAGUACAGUUGUACAGUGACAAUAUACUGCCCAAUGAAAAGUGCAUUAUUAUUAUUAUCAUCAUCAUGUUUCUCAGGGUAAAGAAGGGUUGAUUCUGAAAAAGGUAAGAAGGUAGGAGAGGAAGAUAAUAAAAAGUGAGGGAUGACGAUAUGGAAGAUUAGAUGUGUAGAGCUGACAGAAACAUCACAAUGACCCCAGAAAAGCUGGAUAUAUUCGACAGUCGGUGGGACAAAGAACUCAUCCUCCGCCUUUUCUCCUUGGCCAAAUUUAAACUUUACCGACACUUGCUACUGAACAGACCAAAUUAUAUUUUCCCCUCUGGCUGAUUUCGGGGGAAAGAGAGACAAGAGGAAUAGAAGGAUUGCUUUCUGACGGGGUUAAACUUUUGUUUGUCUCCUGGGCCAGCUGUUUAAGGUCGUUGGCGUCGGGUUGUGGUUGAUAGCAAAGCAGGACUACAUGGUGCGAAUUAGGAGAAAGAAAAAGACAGAGUCCUGGCUGCAGGGUUCAAACAUUGUAUUGUAAUUGUCACAAUUUGUUCUACUGUAGAACAUAGCGUUACUCUCAAACUACUUGAUGAAGUAGAUGCUUAACUCAAUUCUACUAUGUGCCUUAUGCUAUAACUUGGAAGAAAGUUUGUGAACUUCAGGAUUAUCUGUGUUGUUUGUUGACUGAUUCACAUCCUUGUGACGCCUCACUAGUUUUGUACUGUUUUGCAUCUUAUUUCUGAAGAUGUUUUUAUGGUGUAUCCUGUCAGAAAGGGGGCAGCGAUGUCUCAGAAAGCAUUUGUGCACUUCUUUCACAUACAGUUGGUUGAUUCCAAUAAUCUUCGUGUUAAUAGUUGAGUACAGUAAGUGUUCUAUCGAGAUUGUCCAUGUUUCCCUGUUUCUUGACAAAGAUGGUGUAUAGAAACUAUUUCUCCUUAAAUAUUUAUGGACCAAACGGUUGUUAUAUAUCUUAUUAAAUUUGUGUGAAUAAAAAAAAAUACUUUGUUUUAAAUGAGUUUUAUUUUUCAUUACACUUGCCAUGUUUUUGUGUUAUCCCUUAGAUACUAGGUUUUUAUUAUUUUACUCACAUCAACAAAUGGAGAAAAAAAAGCAUUCAAUGAUUGAUUGACCAAUUAAAACAAACGUUCCACAUUU